AUGGCGCGUGUUCGAAGUUCGUCUAGAAAAGCUAUCAUGACAGCAUUGCUGUCAUGGACAGAAAAUCUCCUUUAUGAAAAACUUAGACAUAAAAGGCUGAGGUUUGCAAGGGAAUUAACCUUAAUAUUCAGGGAUGUCCUGACAACUGGGGAAACAUUAUUUGUACCAUCUGUUACUCAAACUCAAAUAGUAGAUGAUGAUGAUGAUAAGGAUGUAUACCACUCCACCAUUAACCUUCAAGCAGGAUCCAGUGAUAGUAAAGAGGAGCUAAAUUUAUCUGACACUACAACACCUAUGAGGGUCACUGAUGAGUUGUUAGGCUUGAAUGUCACCACAAAUAUUAGUGGAACUAGUGGUGAUGGAAGUGAAGGCAAGAGAAAGAGGGUUGGGGGAGUUAGUGGGAGAAAAAAGCAAGAGGUCCCUACCUCAAUGAGAAUAGCAAAUGCGAAGAGUGAAAUAGCUAAGGAUAAUAGAGUUAGAACAGAGAUAGUGACAAGAUUUUGGCAAAUGACAUAG